AUGAGUAUCUACGAUCUAGUUAUCAAGAAUGGUUUUGUUUGCACUGCUAGCGAUUUCUAUCCGGCAGAUAUUGGUAUCUGUGAAGGUAAAAUAACUACUAUAGCUGGUAGUAUUGAUUCUGAGCUUUCCAAAGAGGUAAUUGAUGCUGAAGGUGGCGUUAUAACACCUGGUGGUGUAGAUGCUCACGUUCAUGUGGAGGAACCCGUGAAGCUUAUGGGUGACGUAAUCGACACAAUGAGUACGGUUACAAGAAGUGCUGUUGCUGGUGGAACCACCACCGUGAUUGCAUUCGCAUCACAGGAUGCGAACCUAAAAGGUCCUAAGGCACUUUCAGACUCUGUUGGCAAAACAAUUGAAUCCUACGAGAAGGAAACUCUUUACUGCGAUUAUGGAUUGCAUCUAAUACUCGUCAAAUUGGAACAAGAAACGCUCAAUGCAUGUGGUGCGCUAGAUGAACAAUUGUGCAAUUUGUACAAAGAUCAGGGAGUUAGUAGUGUGAAAAUCUUUAUGACUUAUCCAGGGUUACAAAUGUCAGAUUAUAGCAUCUUAAACACCAUGUAUGCUACUAGGAAAAAUGGUAUUACCACUAUGGUUCAUGCAGAAAACGGUGAUAUAGUUAAAUGGAUGACUGAUUCACUCGAAAAUCAAGGUUUAAUUGAACCUUACUACCAUGGAGUUUCGAGACCUACAAUUGUGGAAGGUGAAGCUACUAAUAGAGCCAUUGCUUUAUCCACUAUGAUGAAUACACCAGUUUUGUUCGUACAUGUAUCUUCACCUGAAGCAGUGGAGGCUAUAAGAAAGGCACAAACGAAGGGUAUCAAAGUGUUUGCAGAAACAUGUCCACAGUACGUAGUAUUAUCACAUGAGGAUACAAAAUGCCAUCAUGGAGACACCGACCGGUUUGAAGGCGCUAAGAACAUUUGCUCCCCUCCUUUGAGGGAAGAUCAAGUUAAAGAAUGCCUCUGGAGAGCUAUGGAUAAUGGUACAUUUACCAUUGUAAGUUCUGAUCACUGUGCAUAUCUUUACUCCUCGGAACACAGAGGUAAGCACAAUGCAUUUGACCAAGGUAAGGGUGGUAAAUUCAGAUACAUUCCGAAUGGAAUGCCAGGUGUAUGCACUAGAAUGCCACUAGGUUUCGAUCAUGGGUACUUGAAUAAAAACAUAUCAUCCCUCAUGAAGUUCGUUGAAUUACACUGCACUAAUCCAGCCAAAUUGUAUGGUUGUUAUCCUCAGAAAGGUGCAUUGUUGCCUGGUUCCAGCGAUGCGGAUAUUCUAAUUUGGUAUCCCAAUAAAGAUGAGAGAGGACGCACAAAGAUUAAUAACGAAAUGUUGCAUCAUUCUUGUGACUAUACUCCUUAUGAAGGUUUAGAAGUCAAGAACUGGCCUCGAUACACGCUGGUACGUGGUAAAAUUGUGUUUAAAGAAGGCCGUUUAAUUUCUGGACAUGCUAGUGGACAGUAUAUUAAGAGGAAAGCGAUCAGCGAUCCUACCGACAAAUGGGUCAAUGAAUGGAGACCCGCUUACAAUCUCUCCAAAUAG